UUCACUAAAAAAAAAAGAGUUAAAAACGGUGCCGGCCCGGGUGCUCUUGCUUGCCCAACCAACGCUGUCAGAGAAAAAAAAGUUCAGAAGAGAGCAAUGGAAGCUCCGAAACCCAAGUUUGGAGUCAUCUCGUUCCUGUUCCUAUUCCUAUUCGUCGUUUUAUAUCCUAACGUGGUUGUUUGGAGAACUCUGGCAGACGGCGUAACUCCGGAGGAAGCUAAACAGCUCAGAGACGAGGUGAGAGAAAUGUUUUACCAUGCUUUUGAUGGAUACAUGGAUAAUGCCUUUCCACUCGAUGAAUUAAGACCUCUAUCAUGUGGGGGUGAAGAUACCCUUGGUGGUUAUGCCUUAACUUUGAUUGACUCUUUAGACACACUGGCUUUACUUGGUGAUCGAGAUCGGUUUUCUACAUCUGUUGAAUGGAUUGGUAAAAACCUUCGGUUUGAUAUAAAUAAGACAGUUUCUGUUUUUGAGACUACCAUCCGCGUCCUUGGUGGCUUACUAUCUGCACAUCUUAUAGCAAGUGACUAUGCUACGGGGAUGAAAGUUCCAACCUAUGACAAUCAAUUACUUAACUUAGCUGAGGACCUAGCCCGGAGAUUGUUACCUGUGUUUGACACUCCUACAGGGAUUCCGUUUGGAUCUGUCAAUCUCUUGCAUGGAGUUGAUGAACAUGAAAGCAAGAUAACAUCAACAGCUGGUGGUGGGACUUUGACAUUGGAAUUUGGAGUGCUUAGCCGUUUGACAAAUGAUCCCAUUUUUGAGCAAGCUACCAAGAAUGCAGUACGUGGACUCUGGGCUCGCCGCUCAAAGCUUAAUUUAGUGGGUGCUCAUAUUAAUGUGUUUACAGGUGACUGGACGCAAAAGGAUGCUGGAAUAGGAACUAGUAUCGAUUCUUUCUAUGAGUAUCUUCUAAAGGCUUAUUUAUUAUUUGGAGAUGAAGAGUAUUUAUUCAUAUUUCAAGAAGCCUAUGCAGCUGCUAUGCACUAUCUUUACAAUGAUCCUUGGUACGUAGAGGUAAACAUGGAUUCUGCUGCUCUUGUCUGGCCAUUGUUUAACAGUUUGCAGGCUUUCUGGCCUGGCCUUCAGGUUUUAGCCGGGGAUAUUGGCCCUGCAAUUCGAACCCAUAGUGCCUUCUUUAGUGUCUGGAAAAGAUAUGGUUUCACUCCAGAGGGUUUCAAUCUUGCUACACUCAGUGUUCAGCACGGGCAAAAAAGUUAUCCAUUGCGUCCAGAGUUAAUUGAGAGCACAUACUGGCUCUACAAAGCUACCAGAGAUCCCAGAUAUCUUGAUGCUGGACGGGACAUGGUGGCUAGCUUGCAAUACAGUGCACGAUGUUCUUGUGGAUAUUGUCACAUAUCUGAUGUAGAGUUUCACAAGCAGGAAGACCACAUGGAAAGCUUUUUCCUGGCUGAAACAAUUAAGUACCUCUGGCUUCUUUUUGAUCUGGCUGUGGGUCCUGAUAACCUUGUUGAAAAUGGGCCAUACAAGUAUGUCUUUAGCACUGAAGGCCACAUAUUGCCAUCAACCCCACAAAUAUCUCUUUUGCAUGAGCAUUGUUCAUAUUUCGGCGCGUAUUGUAGAAGUGGCAAAAUCAUUCAGGAACAUCAUAAAUCAGAUGUUGCUUGCAAUCUUCAAGAAACUAAUGACAGUAGGUCAUUUGGUAGCUGGUCUGAUAAUGGAUUUCCAUCAGAAAGCACUUCUGACUCAUCUCCUUUAUCUGGAUUUGUAAAGGGAAUUUGCCCUGGACUAACUCAUGGGCAGAAAUUUGGAAUAUCAUAUGUCAUGUCAGCAGAUACACAAUAUACUUCCCGUACAAACAAUAGAGAUAGAGAACCAACCGUUUCUGAAAGCCAUUCUGUUAAUAUUCCCAGUGAAAAUUCUAAUUAUUUACAGCCAGCAAACAAGAAAAAUGAUGACAAUGUUGAGGAAUUGGUUGAUGAGAGAGGAUUAAAAAGUGAUUCCCCCAACAAUGACUAAGGCGUCUAUGCCCAUAGAACCUUCUCAAAUUUUGGUGAAUGGUCGGAAGGAAGCUAGGACUCAUUCGGGUUUCAGCCCUUCUAUGAUAUCUUCCUCCACAAAGAUCAUUGGUGAUUGCAAAAGGGUAAGACAUUUUUACUGGCGGAAGCCUGAAAAACCGUACGAUGUUCUCUGCUUUCGAAAUGUAAUUUUUGAUCAUAGGUUAGAAUGACUCAAGGUAAGGUAAGGUGGUGGAUCUAGAGUGUUUACAUAUUAAAAGGGAGGAAGAAGAAGGGCCUGCCUGACAAAUCUUCUAUAGCUGGAUUUGCUGUCCCACUUAUCUGGAACCCUGCCCUUGUAACUUGCUCAACAGCAUGAUUAUACAUUUAUUUUCCCCUUUUUCAGAGAUGGAACGUGGGGUCAUCAUAUCAGAGAUUUGAACCAUUAGAAGAAAUCAUGAAGAAUAGUCAAAAUGUUUGCUUAACCAUGGAUUUUUUUUUUUUGGUUUCAUCUACGCCCUAGUGAAAACUUGUAUAGGAGCCUGAAAUCUCUUUUCUUACUAACCAAAAUCUAAGAUAGAUGAAUUGGCUUUCAGUUGAUUCAAGCCAAUAAAGGGAGAGCCCCUCUAAUUUUUUAUUUAUUUACUUUUAUUUAUCAUAAACAUUCUAUUUGAUUGAAGACGUAUUUAUGUUUGUCUCAAAAUUUUGAAAGAAAAUUGUUAUAUCGUCA